UCUCUUCAAUAUCGUUAUUUGUUCUUCUUCGUCCUUUCUGCGUUCCCUCUGCUCCACUGUUCUCACUCCAUCUUCAACGGCUUCCGUUCCAAACCCUAAUUAGCCUCCAAACCCUAACCCUAAACUCACCAGGCGAUUGGAAUCGGCAAGGAGAUGAUGUGAUUUCUCAGUGAUUUCUUGGAUUUCGGUGGAAUUUCUCUCCUUGUAGCUUUCUUGGAAGGAGGGCAUGCAUAUGAAGGAUCCACUCGAGAGGACGAAGGCUGUGCUUCGGCACCUGCCGCCGGCGAUCUCCCCGUCGGCGCUUAUGGACCAGAUCGAUGCUAGGUUUGCCGGCAGAUAUAAGUGGGCCUCAUUCCGCCCUGGGAAGACCAGCCAUAAAAGUCAGCGCUAUUCUCGAGCAUAUAUUGACUUCACCAACCCAGAAGAUGUGGUUGAAUUUGCUGAAUAUUUUGAUGGUCACAUCUUUGUUAAUGAAAAGGGUGCUCAGUUUAAGGUUCUUGUAGAAUAUGCACCAUCACAACGUGCUCCAAAGGCAUGGUUUAAGAGGGAUGGUCGUGAAGCCUCUAUAUUCAAGGAUCCUGAAUAUCUGGAGUUUCUUGAGCUUCUUGCAAAACCUGUUGUGAAUCUUCCGAGUGCAGAAGUUCAAUUGGAAAGGAAAGAAGCAGAAAGAGCUGGUGGUAUAAAGGAAGCACUUAUAGUGACUCCACUAAUGGAUUUUGUUCGACAGAAGAGGGCAGCAAAGAUUGGGUCUCAGAGAGCAUCUGUCAAUGGGAAACUUGGGAGAAGAAUUGUGGGAGCUUCUGUUGGCACCUCUAGUCCUUCCAAAAGAGCUACUGAAAAGAAAAAACUUUCUGCAUCGAUGUAUGUUGUGAGGGACAGUACAAAGCCUGCACGCGGAAAGGACAAAUCAGCAUAUAUUUUAGUUUCUAGAAAAGAAAGCAAACAAAAUUUUGACAUACCUGGUAUUUCAUCUUCCGCAAGAGGAACAGAAGUGAUUGAUGAAGAAAAUGUUAAUGGCUCAAGUGAAACAAGUGCCCUUGCAUCUGGAGUAGUCAAAAUUGGGAAGCGAUUUGUGCUCUUGAAAGGGAAGGAGAGGGAUACUUCUCAUGCGAGUGACAGCUCAUUGCAGCAGCAGAAUUCAACAUCUUCAGUGAGAAAUGGACCUAGUCUAACUGCUUCUAAACGUAGUCAACACCAUGAAGCUAGUGGAAGAAUUAUUAGAAGCAUUCUCUCUAACAAAGAAGGGCGUCAAGGCCAGUUAUAUAACCCCCCACCCCAGUCUGAGCAGCAAACUCUGGCACUAAACUUGGAGAAGGAAAAGCAUCUGCCUCGGCCUCCCAGUAGCUGUUUGUUUCUAAAGGAUUCCAACCCUAAUAGUAUAUCAAUUGCAUCUGCUGCAGACACUGAUGGCAAAAGGCAUGUAGAUGACAAAGUUGGUUUGAAUGAUCUGCAUGGUUCUGCAUUCACAAGUGAAAAGAAGGAUAAACGCAUGAGAAAUAAAGAUAGACCUGACCGUGGUGUUUGGACUCUUCGUCGCCCAGAUAUGUCUCAUGGAAGUGAUGAAACUCAAGUUUAUGCAAAUACUUCAUUAGAUUCCUUAGAAGGUGUAUUGAUUUGCCAGCAAUCAACAGGCACCCCCAUUGGAGAUGGUGAGAAUGGAAGUCAGCGGGAGAACAACACCCUUGAUCCUGGAGUGAUGAACCAUGAUAUGCCCAAUUUAAGUAGAAAUUUAGAAUCUAAAAGUUCUGUAGGUGGACGGGCUAGUUCUUCUCCAAUAGAAAAUGGUUCAUAUGGGCAUGUUGGCCGCCGAGGACCUGCUCAUGGUCUGACUGAAGCUGAUGGUCAUUUCGAACUGGUCUGAUGGAAAACCCUCCAAGAGAGGUUCUGGCGGAUAUGGUUACCAUGAGAGGCAGGUUUGGGUACAGAAGUCAGGUUCUGCCUCAUAGUUAUGUUACAGAUGCUAACAGUACUCUUACACCAAACCAUGGGGAUUGCUUUAUGCUGCAGCUAUUAUCAAAAGGCGGUGAUAAUUUAGUCUGGUGGUUGGUGUUCUUAUCACUCAAGGAUCCAUUUCUGAUCCUGAAAUCAAAACUUACUGGUGUUCAAGCCGUGCAAUACGCCAUAAUCAUUUUCUUCACAAAUUGAAGGAGUGAUCUACCUCAUUUGCAGUAUGACUGUUUGUUACCUGUGGACGGUCAAGUGAUCCUCUAUGUUUUACAAGUCAAAAAGAGCUAGUAAGUAGUCUUCUAGUAACUUAUGCUCGAGAAAGCAUGGUCUUGCUUCAAAGAGAAGCUGUUUCAGCCGGAAACAUAGUCAACCUAUGUGGCAAGCUACUUUGCACUGAUAUUAGGACAACGGCUCUUGGGAGAAAUUCUCGUCAUGCAGUUCUGUUUAAGUAAUACACAGCGAAGAAAGAUAGCUCAACCCAUAUGGUUCUCGACUUUUCUAAUUGUUCAAGGCCAUCUUCUUUAGGUCACUAUGUUAGUAGGAUUGUAGAUAUAUGCGGAAGAAGGUGAGUGAUUCAGUCCUCCCAAUGUCGAUAGGCUUAGAAGCCAUAUUUAACAGUGCUAGCUUCUUCUCAUUUAAAUAAGGGCUGGUUUUGUAGUGAGCAUAGAAGAGAAAUAUGGGAGUUCCCUUUUCUACAGGGUUGGCUGCUUUGCUUUGCAUUGCAUUGCCAUUGCCAACCAGUUUGCUGGAGAAGAUGUGGAAAAAUAGCUGGAAAUGAGUGAGUUUUCUCUUGUGGAUGAACUUAUUAUGUUUCCUUGAUUUACAUAUAUCUUAUGAUUGAAGCAUUCAGAUGUUUGGAAUACAUAUAAUAUGUUGUUCACUUGUCUGGAUAGAUGUAGAUGCUUGUUAUGAUAUGCUUUGGUGAAUAGUGUGUCAUUGUUCAAAGAUCAUUUUAUC